GUCCAAACAUAUCUGUCAUAGGGCCAGACACAUCUGUGUGGUGGUGGUCCUUCAAACACAAAACGUAUCGUCUAAAUGCAACAUUUCUACCGUGACAAUGCCUGUACAAAGUUUACCGAUUCGAGAGACUGCAUUCCAUGUGCGACUGCUGCAUCAAUACUUGAUUCUGCUGAAGAAUUACCCAAUUCUUACCAAAUCCGUGACGAGUGGCAUUCUCUCAGCAAUGGGAAAUCUUCUAUCUCAAGCAUUGGAAGCAAAACGAAAGGCCAAAGAAGGGACCCCAGUGAAGGAGAUUGACAUUUCAGGACCUGCCCGCUUUGCCAUUUAUGGGUCGCUCAUUACUGGGCCUGUAAGCCAUUACUUUUACCAACAUAUGGAGGUGUUGAUGCCUACCACUGUUCCAUACUGCAUGGUGAAACGCUUGCUCUUGGAUCGCCUUAUCUUCGCCCCUGCAUUCCUGCUGCUUUUCUUCUUUGUUAUGAACAUCCUGGAGGUUAAGAGGUGGGAAGACUUCCAGAGCAAAGUGAAUAGUAGUUAUUGGCCUGCCUUGAAGAUGAACUGGAAAGUGUGGACCCCCUUCCAGUUCAUCAACAUCAACUAUGUGUCUGUAGAGUUUCGAGUGCUGUUUGCCAACAUGGUGGCCUUAUUUUGGUAUGCUUACCUUGCGUCUGUGAGGAAGUGAAGACUCCCAAGAUCUUCUCCCUGAUUACUGAAUGUAGAGGGCACAGGGUGUGCCUCUGGAGCUGCAGAACGUUACAAGGACAGGCCUGUGAAUGCCAGUGCAGCAAGCUGGUACAACCAGGCAGAUUGACUGGGGUGAUGUGAAGGCCUUCACUCGCAUACUACAAAAGUACUACACUAAGGAAAUCAUAACACAUCUAAUGUGUUGCUCACAUGCAGAAUAACCGAUAACUAAAAUGUUCAAUGUUAAUUCUUACUACUGAAAUUUCCAAUCUUAAAUUAAUUGAAAUACUUGAGUAUCUUUGUGCCGUGGUGUAUUUUGGUUUGAACAAUGGUAAAUACAUGUUACCUAUUCUUGAAAGAUACAAAUGUAUAUUAUAAUUUAAGAUGAAGCAAAUGUGCUGUAGGAAAUGAAUAUCAGUAACUAUUUCAACCUUGAAUGCAAUUCAUUUAACACCAUAUGAAUAUGCAAUGUUAAGAUUUAUCAGACCAUGAAGCAUUGUGUAUAUUGCUGACAGGUCUGGCCUGUAGUUUCCUCAUGUGGACUGCUUUCAGUUUAGUUUGAGUCUCAAACUGUAAAUGUUAUUACUCUUUCUGUCUCUAUCAGGCCAAAUAAGGGAGCAACAGCACAUCGGACUGAAACUGACAAAGUAUUUUACAUCCUGAUGCAUUUGAUUUAACUGUAUUUUAUAAAUGAAAGCAAAAACCAGUCCAUUACCUUAUGUUGCUUUAACUUUUGUUUUGAGUUGGAGCCAUGCCAAUGAUGGUAGACUGAGUUUUAUACUUGGUUAUUACUUUAUUACAAUCUCAUUUACAUUAUUUCAACAAAAGCCAAUAUCAGCCAUGCUUAAUUUAAAAGUUUACGACUGACUACAAAAGUAACACUGGUCAUUUUUGGACAAGAUAGCUUUUUCUCUAUAGACAUGGAAUGCAUAAUAAGUUAAGGGCUUCAGGUGACCUGUGGUUUCAGGUCGAUACUGGGUGUCUUCAGCCUCCCCUUAGACGGAGCGUCAGGUGAAUAGUGCUUAGAUUUCUGACACCAUAGUCUUCCAGUUUCUUGCCAUCAUCGAGCUGCUUGCCCUCAUGAAUCAGCCUCUGUUGGUUGGCUGGGACUCCCUCCUUGUUUUGGACCUUGGCUUUGAACUGGGUUACAGUCUCACCUGACACCACCUCAUAUGUGUGCGUCUGGCCCUUUUCGUUUUUCAGGAACACCUGGAUGUGAGUGGGUUCUGUAAUCAGCACCAUCACUUUAGAUCCUGAAUGCAGGCCAUAGUCACUCAAAGUUUUUGAAUCAUCGCUGAGACUGAUGUUGUUCCCAUUGACACCUGACAGCCUCUGCCUUUCCAUGGCCACUCCAAAGUGUUGGUUGAUCAGACUCUUGAGCGACCCCAGAGUGGUGUGUGGCUGAACCGUCAGGGGAUGUGAGUCCCCAUUCAAAAGUGUUAUAGUGAGUUCCAUGAUAGAUAUCUGAAAGAGGAUUUCAUGUAUUAUUUAUUUGGCCUCACAUUAGCAUAGCUCAAUUGAAUGAUUUAGUCUAGUAACACUUUACUUAAAGCCUGCUGGUAUAAUGCUUUGUAACUUGUUGAAAGCAUGUAUGAUCCUUUGUCUUAUAAUAAGGCUUUCAAUAUAUAAUGUCCACUCUCUAUCAACAUUUCUGCUGACUCAAAUGGCUGGAAUUUAGUGAGAAUCAUUAUGAGAUGAUUGACAGACAUAAGGGGGUAUUAUCAUACAUGCUCAUGACAAUUUAUACAACAUAUUAUAACCUUUAUAUUAACCUACAGGAUUCAAGGCUACCAUUGAUUCAGCCCAUUGUAAUAACUAAAAUAAUGUGUUAGAGAAUUGCUUGAUAGCUAUUUAGCUUUAACAGCAGAGUUAUAUAAAGUAUUAUAGCCUAAUGAUGAAAAAAAUACUUACCUUUUUCAGUAGAUAUUGUUGAGAAGUCCUUGUUGUGAAGUCUUGCAAACUGUUUCAACAAAUAGUUUUGAGAAAUCGGUGUGUUGACAAAAACAACUUCUACGAUUGAAGAUGGUGACCGUGUACAGCUGAGCCUGGUAUAUAACAGCUGAUCUGCCCCGCCCCUCAAAUUCAGAUUCGUUUUUCCUCUCUGCCUCCCACCACUUUCGGUUUCUAUUCUCUGAUAAUAAUGAUGUAGUCUGCUGCUAUUUGUAGAGAGUUGUGUGCAAUAAAUCGUUUGUUUUUUAUUGUUGAGUUAAGACUUAGAACAGAGUAAGAGCCUAAACCCCAUGAAAUAAAGUAGCCCAAUGACUUGCUCCCA